GCCCAUGCAUUUAUGUUACGUGCGUCUUCAAAGCUCUCCAUGCUAUGGCCAGGCCAAAAUCGAUGUGUGUGAGGAAAAAGAACCCAGGGACGAGGUUCCCUGCCCCCCCCACUCCCCCCUCCGUCAGUGUCGCUGGCUUCCCUGCCUGGCAGAGACGUAGCCGGCCCACCCACCACCCACCAUGAAUCUCUCUUUCUCCCUCUGUGUGGGUGGGGAUGGAUGGUGUGUGCGUGCGGUAUAGUCACACUUAUCGCAUGCAUGCAUUCAUGUACACAUGUAUAGUGCACACAGGCAGACAUACACAACUAAAAACAGCCAGCCAGCAGCCAAUCGAGCUAUCAAGUUAUCGCACGUACAACCGAUGUCAUACCAAUCAGCCUUUUCAAUCAAUCCGCUAUCAAUCAGUCCGGCCCGCCCCUUGUGCACACACACAGACAGCGGCUACGCCAAAGAGCAAAGGUGGGCAGGUAGGAGCUCUCUGCCGGGUGAGCAAAAGGACUCAAGUCAUCCAUCGAUCCAUUGAUUCAUCAUCGCCACUUAUCCACACACCCAUCCCUCAAUUUCCCACCCUCCAUCCCUUGCCCCCACCGUUCGGCUCGCUCACUGGCGCGGAGAUUGUAGGUAGUGUGAAUGUGCACACAGGCAGACAUACACAGGCAGCAGCCAAUCGAGCUAUCGUACGUACAACCGAUGUCAUACGACCCUCGCCAUGUCAUGCAAUCCAAUACAACCACGCUCCAUAUGCACUUGCUCACACAGCCAUCAAUCAGUCCGGUCCGCCCCCUCUCUCGCUCUGUGUGCAAACGUACAGACAGCUGCCACGCCAAAAAUCAAAGGCGGGUGGGCAAGUGCUCUCUGUGUGUGUGUACGUGUGGCCCCUUCCUAUGCACACGACAGACAGACAAUGUAUAGCACAUUAUGUAUGUAUGUAUGUGUGUAUGUCUGUAUGCAUGUACACUAGCAGCAUCCACAACGCAAAUAUGUCGGCCGUCCAGCGGUUGCUCAUCGACCGAGGCAGGCAGGCGGUCAGACAGACAGACAGACAGUCAGAGAAGACCUAUCCGACUGCGCCCAUUGCCUGCCGUCCACCCAUUACCUUACAGUCAACCAUUGGAGGAGAUGUGUGACUGCUAGGGGUAACAAGACGAGAAACUGCAUGGAUGGGAUGGGCCAAAAAAAUCCGUGGUGGACUGCUGUGGGUGUGGUGUGUGUGAUCGACUGACGUACGUACGUACAGACAUGAGUGAGUGUACAUAUGCACACAUGCACAUAUAUACAUAUAAUACACACACACACAUGGAUGCAUAUACAUGUGUAGAAUGCGGUCUCACCUUAGUGUAUAUGUGCUUCAAAGCUCUGGCUGCGCCGCGGCCGUCACCGUCGACAGACGCGGCGCCGGUGUGUGUGUAUCGCACCAUCGAGUCGACCAUGACGACUGCAAGCGUCAGACACAACGCAGACAGCGGGAAAAAACCGCCCACCCACUGGCACUUACUGGCACGGAUUCCACCCACCCAUCCUUCACAUCAGUGUUGCAGUACCAUCCAUCCAUCCAUGAAUCGGUCGCAGCCAGCCAUCCAGCCACGCACGCAGGCCAUCCAUCCAGCCAGCCAGCCAUCAGCACGUUACCGACGUCCAUAGGCAGGGCAGCUAAAUGCUGCUCUCUGACUGCUCGCUUAGGGUAUGUGUGUGUAUGUGUGUGUGUGUGUGUGGUGCACUCGUUGGUUUGUUGGCCAACGAGGAGCAGUCAGUCGUCUCUAAUACGUCCCGCCUCGCUGCUAUCAGGAAAUCCAUCCAUCGUUGGUACUGAGCGGCCAGUCAGUCAGUCGCCUCACGAGUACGCCGCUCUGGCUGGCUGCUCUGGCUGCUACGCGUGUACGAUCCAGCGAGGUCGGACUGUCGGCACAGUGCUGGGCUGGUGUGUGUCUGUCUGUCUGUCUGUCUGCCUCUCUUUCUGUUCCCUUCCCGCACCCGUACUUACUUAUUCACACACGCAUGUACACGUCUGGACACCCACGCCCAUCAACUCACAACACAAAAAGGCCGGCCACCCACGAGCAACCAACGAGGAGGGCGGGCAGCAUCCCACGCCAUAUUGCAUCCCACUUAACGUGCACAAACAAAGCGACGUGCACCCAUCCACUCACUCUCACUCACUCACACGCCAUCCAUCCGGCCAUCCAUUCAUCCAUUCCCUCUCCCAUCUGUCUGUCUGUGUGUCUGUGUGUCUGUGCACCCAUCAUUGAGCCAGCCAGCCACCUACGUACUUGGAUGCAUGCCCAUCCCUCUCCCCCUCUCCUUUUCCCCACCCCCGCCAUUUAUCACACAUACAUUCACACAGGCAGUGAUCGACAACAGAAAAACAGCCAGCGGUCAAGCAAGGGGCCAUCCAUCCAUUUAUCCAUCCAUCCAUCCAUUCAACACCACCGGCUCAUCCCCCAUGCACCCCUCCCGCCUUGACCUACCGAUUCCUCUCACUCACUUGCGCGGCGGGGGGAACGGGACAAACGCCUGGCGGGUGACGGAGCCGACGCCCACGGGUGCACGGGGCAUGAUGGUCAUGCCGGCCGGGCUGCCGGGGGGCCAGGGCAUCGAGGGUGCCUGCAUGGGUGGGCUGCCGGGUGGCCAGGGUGCCGGGGCGACUGGAUGCAUGUUGAAACGGUGGGCAGCAGGGAACCGCGCCGGUGCGGGUGGAACGUAGCUGAAGCCGCCGAAGAAACCCCCUACUGAUGGACACAUAUAUCAUGACAUCACACAUGCCUGGGUGUAAUGUGUCUUACUGCUUACCAUUGGUCUGCGCCAUAGGGUGUUGGAUGACCGGAGGGCUGGGUGCCGCCACCUGCCAGCCGCCCGUCUUGGUGGCGACCUGCGGCUUGGGCAGCGUAACCAAACGCGGCGCGUUGGUGGCGACCUGCGGCUGGGGCGGCGUAGCCAAAGGCGGCGCGUGGCUGGGCGGGGCGUUGGCCGGGGCCACCGGCAGUACCUGAGUGAGCCACAUAGAGGGAUGGCAGAGGGGUGUGUGUGUGGGGGGGUGUUGCGACCGACCUUCUUGUCGUCUCCUGCCGUCUCGGCCGACUCAGGAACCUGCUUAAGACACACAAGAGAGUGGAAAGGAACCACAGAGAGCCAGAGAGGUGGAUUGUGCGUGCCGUGUGCGGGGUGGUGUGGGCUUCGAAGGCAUCACCUGCGCAGUCUUGUCCUUCUUGUCCUGCUGCUGCUGCUGCUGCUGGUGCUGGUGCUGGCGGUGAAGGAGUACGACGGUCUGCAUGCAAAAAUAAUACAUACAUGACGCACACCACCAGUGUGUAAUCACACAAGCUUGUGUGCGUGCGUAUGCAGGGAGGGAGGGGGGCAGGGAGGUGCGUGCCUGGGUGAGGGUGUCGACUUUGGUGGCGAGUUGCUCGAUUGUGGCGCUCAUCGCCUUGUUCGACUCCACAAGCUCCUGCAGGAGUCAGUGGACAAGAGAGAGGGAACCGAACACAUUGCCGCUGUGUGUGCGUGUACGUAUGUGUGAAUGUGUGUUUUGGUGGGUGCUCCGUAGGUGCGUCAUGCUGACCCACCUUCUUGUCGUCAACCCCCUCCGCCACGGUAUCAGCAACCUGAAUACCACGGCGGAGUUGUGCGCCGUGUCCUGGUGUGUGUGUGUGUGUGUGUGGCAUGCUGACUGCAUCGAGUUUUUUGCUGAUCGUCUCGAGCCCGCCGCACAGCGUGAGGUUGUCCUCGCGCAGCUCCUGAAUGAAGGCACAGCGUCUUCGAAUGAGUGUAUGUGUGCUGUGGUUGAGCUUACCUUCACCUCGUUCAGGGUCUUGAAGACCAGACUGUGCAGGAACUGAGUGUGUCAUGACACCAAUACACGUAAGACCCAGACAGAUGGACUGGACGUGUAUGUCACUACCUCGAGCUGCGUGUAGAAGUCCGAGGCCGCCGGCAGGUCUUCGUCGAGCUCGGUCGUGCUCUGCAUCUGUUUCAAUGGCCACCGAACAGACACAGAAAAUGGGCACAUGCACAUACCCACCAUUAAGCUAUGUAAGUACCUCGAAGAUCCUCUGCUGUGAGGGCUGCAUUGGCAGAGAUACAUCCAUGCAUCCAGCUGCCAGUGGGUGUAUGUGCAUGUGACUUACGAAGACCAUCAGGUGCAUUGACUGCAGCAGGGACGUCGACUGCGACUGAUUCGACAAGCGAACAGACACAACGAGAUUCCAUAUCCGUUUUGCCAUCGAUCGCAAUUUCCGCCGUGUAUACGCACCUGAAACACUGGCUGCGAGAUGAGAGGCCAGGUGGAUAAACAGACACCAUGACAGUGGGUGCGUGGACGUCGCAGCCGAGACAUACACACACACACACACACACACACAACAAAGCAAUGCAAUGCAAUGCAGGAGGGAGGGAGGGACUGAGUACGUACUGAGUGGUCCGCAGGUUCAGCAGCGGCAGCAGCAGCUGAGUCGACGCCAUGGCUAAUCUGGUUUGACGCAUGGACGGGCGGCAGGAACCGGCGGAGACAGGGUGUCUGUGGGCAGAUGCCUGGCUGGCUGUCUGUCGAUGUGUCUGUGCUCACCUUGGCCUUGUUGUCGUCAUUCGCCGGCUCAGGCGUACACUGAAGGAGUGGUUAUCAGUUAAUGGACACACAGACACAGAGAUGCAUACAUGCAUUAAUGUGUCAGGCACGCCAGGCCACCUACCUUGUCGCUGUCGCCGCUUGCUGCUGCCGCCGCAGCUGCAGCUGGGCAUGUCUCGUCGGCGUCGGCAACCUGACAGGCAGCAACCACAACGGACGACAGACAGACACCAUGGAAGAGCAACAGACAAGUGCUGCACAUCUGCCUGCCUGUCUGUCUGUAUGUCCGCCCAGUAUGCACAUAGAUAGAUACUUGAGGUCACACACGCCGCCACCCAACCUACCUACCUACCUACCUCCUUGCUGUCGUCUUCUUGGCCGGCAGUGGCAGCAGCAGCAGCAGCCGCGGGCGAUGAGGGCGUGUCCGGGUGGGCCUUGUGCUGCUCGUUCUUCUUCUUCUUCUUCUUCUUCUUCUUGUGGCGCCCCUGAACCACCAAACGAGAGAGAGAGGGAGGGAGGGAGGGAGGGUUGUGUGGAACGAAAUGAAUCAAUGCUCAAGAGAUAUUCUUCCACUGACUGACUGACUGACUCACUGACUGACUGACUCACUGACUGACUGACCUUCUUGCCGCUGCCGCCAUCGCCCUCACCGUCCCCCUGAGCAGACGACUGACGCAAACACACAGAAGAUCGAUACAUAUGGCACCCAUCCAUCCAUCAGAUCAGCGUGCAGCCGUCCGUGUGCUCACUCACCGGCUCCUGCUGUGCUGCUGGCGAAGAAGCGCCUCGUGGGCCUCGACCUGAGUGUGGCCAUCAUGGUGUAUGUAUAUCCGUGUGUGUAUCUGUGUGUGUAUCUGUGUGUGUACCUAAUCGGUGCCUUUGUGUGGGAGGGGCUGAGAGAAACGUACAAGCGGUUCAUACGGCUCGUGUCCGUGUUAGCCCUUCUUCUCACUUGUGUGUUCUUUGUGACGUAGGCACCGACUGCAAGCACGGCGUCCUGGGUGCCCGACACGAAGAACUUGACAAUGUCCCCAUGCACCUGCUUGCCCCAGACGUGGACUCUGCAAACGAUGACAAGGAAACGACAUGUGGAUGUCUCCUCUCCUUCCUGGUCUUGUGUCCAUCUGUCUGCCAAAUCACUCACUGAAAGGGGCCGAAGUCCAGCUUGUCGAACUCAGCGAAGCUUACCUCCAUCUUCAUCAUCGCCCUGCCGUAGUUAUCCCAGUCUCUGGGGAUCUGCAUAAGCCAGCACGGACAUCCGUUCUGUGCGCUCCUCCCCGCCCCCCUCACACACUUGUACACUGGCCGUCCGCUGGUGUGUGGGUGUCGGCUGGAGGACCUGCAUUACACCCACACACACACACACACACUCCCACACAUGCAGCUGCCGCAGUGUGCGUGUCAGUGUGGAUGGGUGUCCUGACCUCCACUGCUUGAAGGUUCUCGAGGCGCAUCUGGCCCGACUUGCUCUCGGCCUUCUUGAGCCUGCGUCAGGAACAAACACACACACACAGAGGGGCGUGUGUGAGCGGCACAUGUGUGUGUGCGUGUGUGGUGUGUGUGUGUGGCGGACUCACCGCUGAAUGAUGUUGUCUACUCGAUCAGCGUUGAAAGUGUGGGUCUCCACGAGCCAGGACUUGAGCUCCUCGUAGUGCGGGCCCGCCCACUUGAACUCCAACUCGCCACCCUCAGCAACCUGCAUAACACACACACACACACAGGUGACCGUGUGUGUGGCUGAGCUGCAGGCCAGGCGUAUGUACUUGGGGAUCCUUGAACAUGUUUCUGGCCUCCUCGAAGGGGAAGUUGUCCGGCAGCACGAACUUGUCGCCCUUCUCCUUGAUCAUGUGCUGGAUGAUGUUCUCGAUGGAGUGGUGCUGCUGCACCAGCUUGUGGGCCGUGACGGGCCCGAUGCCCUUGAUGGAGUCGCAGUAGUCGCAGCCGCACAGGAUGCAGAAGUCGAUGAACUCGUCCAUGGUCAGCUUCAGGUCCUCCAACACCGUCUCGAGCGUCAACACGUGCACCUUGUUGCCGGGGUCCUCCUGCUCCGAGAAAUUCAGGUGCCGAAUCACCGUCGGCGACCUGCACUCGACCAACACAGCACACGCACACACACACAUAAUCCCCCCUCCCUCCUCCCUCCCUCCCUCCUCCCUCUGUGUGUGUGUGGCCAUCUCAAACACCCAUCCAGCCCACCCGAAUGUGAGUGCGCUAGCGUCGUCAGUGGCGGUGGCGUAGACCUUGCCCUUGGCCGCGAGUUUGGCGCACUGUGCCUCGGCCUCGCACGGCGCCUCUACGACGGGUAUGCCCAGGAGCUUGAGCAGGUGUUUGACUUCGUCGUUGUGCUGCUUGGUGAUCUUGACGGUGCGGCCGAUGAACUUCUUGACCUCCUUGUCGCCCGCCUCCUUGGCGGCCUCGAGGUCCUCCUCGGCCUUGGUCCGCUUGUCCGAACGCAUCAGCAGCUCGCCGCUCUUCAGGCGGGGGGGCGCGCCGUCAAACACGUACACGGGCGUGAUGCCAGCCUCUGACACACACACAGACACACACACACGCACACACACAGAGAGAGAGAGAGAGGGAUGCACAGCGCACACCCCAACACACUCAGAUGAUUGAGAUGCCGUGGCGUGUGCCAGUGUGGGUGUUUUGCGGGUCUUUACCGAGGAGCUUGACGACUCUGUCGAGCAUGCCCGUGAUGUACGAGGUAGUCUCUCCGCUCUCGUUGGUGAGGUUGGCGGACGAGAAGUUGGGGUCGUUGCCGCUGCUGCCGUCGCGGACGGCUAUCAUGAGCUGGUACAGCGACAUGGAUGCGUCGAUGGCUAGCUUCUGACCCAUCAGAAAGUCGUACUUCUCGUGGUCCUUCAGGCUGCGGGGCGCCUGGUCGCUGAUGAACUUGAUCAGCCCCUUGAUCCCCAUCGCUCGCGAGGGAUGGCUGGCUGGCUGGCUGGAUGGAUGGAGGCGCAAGGCAAUAUGCGAUCUGCUGCGGCGGCCACAGCGGACUCCAACCGAGCACCCUGUCUGGGGGCAAGGGUGUCGUCUGCCUCUUGGGAGGGAGGAAGAGUCUAAGAUGGAGAAGUGAACCAAACAAAACGAUUAACCGAUGCUUGAGAACCGAUGCUUGAGAGGACGCGCCAGAGCUCGUC